AUGGAGACCCCAAGCACCCGAAGUGGAAAAAUUAGGGCAAGAUCUAGUGGGAGCAGCUCUCAAUCAGAACCGGUCCCCUCUUUCUCCACCGAGCGAGCAAUGCAAAGGCAUGAGAUCAUGCUCAAGCGGAUACCUUCACCAGACAAGGGCUUUGUCAAGGAAGCCAAAGUGUCAAUUGGAGAGGAAGAGGAGAAAAUCAAAAUGAAUGGAGAAAUUUCCCCUGCUGCUGCAAAGAGAAUACCAAAGAAGGCUGAUGAGUUAGCACAAAGCAGUGCUACUGCGACUCCCCAGAAAAUUGAUGACACAGCACCACAUGCUGAAGGUGCUGAAAUUUGGGAAAAGAUUGAUGAGAGGCUGAAGAAAAUAGAGAAAGACCAACUGGACACAAGAGAUCUUCAAGGAAGUGAUAAUGAAGAAGAAGAAGAAGAAAUGGAAGAGGAGGUUGAGCAAAAAGACGAAAACAUGGAAGACAACCCCUCAGACCAAGAAGAGCAAGAUGAAGACUAG